AUGGUUCUCACGCACACGACCAACCACAGCUACUCGCACCCCUUCCCGACCGUCACCCUCGCCUUCUUCCUCCGCUACUACUCGCCCCAGCUCAACCCCUUCUCCGCCCACGUGCUCUCCACCGACACCAUCGCCUCCCAUGUCGACCCGGACACCGGCCGCCUGCACACGACACGCCUCCACCUGAAGCGGUCGAGGAUGCCCGCGGCCGUCGUAAAGCUGCUGCCGACGUCCAUCACCGGCGGCGGCGGCGACAAGUCGAGCUUCGUGCUCGAGGAGAGCGUCGUCGACAUCAACGAGGGCUGGAUGACGACACAGAGCCGCAACCUCAACUUCACCGGUGUCCUCAGCGUCACCGAGCAGCAGCACUACUCGGUGACGCCGCCGGCCCAGCCAGGAGUUGAAGUGUCGCCGCUCUCGCCUAGUCUACCCCGAUCCAUGCCAACCAAUACCUACGUCACCACGACUUUUUCCUACCGCUCAAGCCUCGGUAGUCGGAAGGAGAAGGCGGCCGCCGAGUCCGAGGACGCUCCUCCACGGAGGUUCGGCAGCUGGGUUACAGGCUGGGGUGCCAAGCGCAUCCAGGGAAGCAUCGAGUCCAUCGCCUCCAACAAGACCGAAGACCAGCUUUCCAAGUCGCGAGACGGCAUGCGCUUGGUUCUAGAGCGCCUACGCACCAACGGCGUCGUUGCGACCCUGAGGGAGCUGCGGAGAAGAGAAGGAAAGGCCAUGUUUGAUGCCUGA